AUGCAUCAUGAAAAUAUGAAAGUAGACUUAUUAAAAAACAACCACAUAAAGACCACGGAGGGGUACCAAUCAAAGAAAGCAUUACAGACUUUGGAGCUAUUAAUGAAUAGAGAGAAAGGAUGCCUAGACUUACUCAAGAUUUAUUGUCAAAGAAAAGAUUUUACUGAAAAAGAAAUAGAGCAUCGAGAAAUUAUUGGAAAAUUAAGAAAAUUCCAAGCUAAAGCUGAAUUCAGUUUUCUACAACGCAAGAAAGCUUAG